AUGAUCUCACCACGUCCCCUCCUCUACGUUGCCCUCGGGCUUCUCAUGGUCGUAGCCAUCAUCGAACUAUCAUUCAUCUCCGCAAUGGUAGGCUGGCUUCACAGCACAGCCAGCGGAACCUUCGUGAUCCGAGACGGCAACAGAGCAAUACCCUUGAAAGGCGAACCAGCAAACUUCAUAACCGACCAAGGCCACACAAGCAACGGUGCCGCAGGAACAGCCUUUGUCAUCGUCGGUCUAGGAGGAAUCAUCGCACUAUCCCUUCGCAACAGACAUAAUCCUGGAAAAUUCAGUCGCUUGUUCUACAACACGUGGCUCGUCUUCAAUGUCCUGAGUUUGCUUCUUGUCCUUACAGCACUUAUUUAUACAUUCGUCGUUACGAACCAACAUGAUGGUCAGAAUAUUGUACCUGGCUUUGUUGCACAAUUAGACUAUGGCCAGAAAUAUCCCCUAAAGUCGUGGACGCCGCAGGGUUGGUUCGCGGCGGUGUUGGAUUUGAAUAUUAAUGACGCUGGUACGAGGAGCGAUAUUGAGAAGCACCUGAGGAUCAUGAGGGGAUGGCAGUACAACCUCAUUCCUUUCUUUAUCAUUCAUCUUAUUGAGACGGCGCUGGCUCUUUGGGAUGGCAUGCAGAGACGAAAGGAACCCAUGCCUAUGUAUGCACCUACCAAGCAUGAUGUCUAG